AUGCACUCUUUGGACGAGUUUUGGAAGGAGAAUGCGGCAAAGAUUGUGGGUGAUGACGAUGGUCAGAUUUUGAAAUCCCUGGUGGGCAUAUUGAAAAGCGAAGAGAGCGAUCAUGCGAGCUUGGCCGUCGCUGCAUCGGACCUGGGACGCAUCGUGAGCGUCGUCGACAGCGCCAAAAAGUGAGUUCGAGGGUGUGCGUGUGCGUGUGCGCGUGUGUGCGCGCGCGAGAGAGCUGACCUGGCGUGCGCCUGCCUGCCUAUACUUGACUAGGAAAUUGGACAAGCUGGGAGCGAAAGCGAGGUGCUUGGAAUUGAUUCAACACUCCGAUUCCGACGUUCGCUUCAGGGCCAUUUCCACCGUUUCCAAACUCGUUUCUGCCAGUUGGAAGUGA